CAGGCGCCGCCGUAUCGCACAGGCCGUGCCUACGAGCACAGGCCCCCGAUGGCGCUCUCCCAGCGGGACUCGGCCAAGCUGGAGCGCGCGGCGCAGUCCAGGGCUGCGGCGGAGGAGCGGGAGGUGGAGCGUCGGCUCAAGGCCGCGCUCCGCACGCCAGUCGACGAGCGCACCGCCGCCGACCUCGCGCUGCUGGAGGCGCGGCCAGAGGAGGCGCGCCGGCUGCAGGCAGCGCAGGAGCGGACUGCAGCGCGCAAGGCGGCCGAGGCGGCGAGCAUGGUGGAAACGGAGGACGACGCCGAAGUCCUCCGCGGCAAGAUCGACGCGCUGAGCGAGAUGCUGGCUGGAGCGCGUCACGUGGUUGUGUACACCGGCGCUGGGAUCUCGACUGCCGCCAACAUCCCCGACUACCGCGGGCCGCAGGGGAUAUGGACGCAGCAGAAAAAGGCGCCCGCGGGCAAGGCCGGCUCCCUCUCCAGCGGCUCUCGCGCCGGCGGCGUCGACAAGCUCGGCGUCACGCCAACCGAGGGCCACAUGGCGCUCGCUGCCCUCGUGCGCGCCGGCCGCGUCGCCGCUGUCGUCUCUCAAAACAUCGACGGCCUGCACAUGCGCUCGGGGGUGCCGCCGUCGGCGCUGACGGAGUUGCACGGCAACGUCUUUCGCGAGCGAUGCCGCGCGUGUGGCCGCGAGUUUCUGCGUGGUUUCGACGUGACAGAGGCGUCUUCAUACCGGCGGCACACCACGAUGCGCAAAUGUGACGACAGCAGCUGCCGCGCGCCACUGCACGACACAAUCGUCUACUUUGGGGAGAAGAUCGACGAGGCGCGACGCGCGUACCCGCACAUUCGGCGAGCUGCGAGGACGCAGCUCGAGUCGGCGCAAGAGGCCGCGGGUCGCGCCGACGUGUCGCUCUUCGUUGGUUCUUCGCUCAAGGACCGCGUCGCGGAGCUCGUCGUGCGCGGCCGCGCAGACUACGUGCUGACCCAGCUGGCUGCGCGGCUCGGCGUCGGCGUUCCUCCGUACGACGCAACCGCUGAUGCCGUGCUCCGCCUCGCGCGCAGAGUGCGUCAACCGAGCCGUUCGGCUUCGGCCGCGUCUCGAAGGCCACCAAGCAAAGCGGCGGCGGUGCCAAGCAAAGCAGCGGCGACGGUGGCGCCAAGCAAAGCAGCGGCGACGGUGGCGCCAAGCAAAGCGGCGGCGACGAUUGCGGCGGCGGCGGCGGUGGCGGUAGCUGAGCCCGCCGCGGUUGCGGUAGAGGAUGCGGCGGCCGCCGAGGGCGGCGGUGCAGGUGGGUCAAGUCUUGCGGUGUAUUGCUGCCGCUGCGGCGCUGUGCUUGAUGACGAGGAGGGCGUGACCGUUCGGCGCGCCGUCGGCGAGUGCGACGUCGCUGGCUGCGAGCAUUGGGCGUGCUUGCGGUGCGCGGGAGUCAAGGCCGGGUACAGCGGCGAGUGGGUGUGUGGUUGCGCUCAAUGCGGCACGGGUCUGGGCUCUGCAGCAC